AUGAGGUGCCUCACCUGUUCCUUCGUUAGCGAUGAUGAAGCAUGCGAGGAGUCCAAACUCCGAAGUUUCGUUCCCUGUCCACGUUGCAACGAGCUUCUGUACUGCUCCAUUGCAUGCAUGAAAGCUGGUUGGUUUGGGCACAGGUCGUUUUGCAGCGCAUCUGUAAGCCAACAGAUUGGAACACAAUGGAUUACGAAGCGACAGCAGCAAUUUAGUGAGCAAUUCGAAGAGACUUUGAAACGCUUCGUUAUCACGGAUAGCGCACCACUCCUUUCUGAGGACCUGUUGUAUUUUUUAGAAGGGGUUUCUUCUUUUGAUGGUGUUUCUACUUGCGUUGUAAACGAAGACACAAUGGAGCUCAUCAAAAAGGUUGCUACUGGUGCUGAGGCGGUAUUGACAAAAGCUGUUGAGGCCGUAGAGGUAACAGUGUUUGCGCUGCUCCUUGCAAAACUUCUAUCACUUUUUCUUUGCGAUCACGACAGGGCAUUGUGGGCCUUGCGACGGGGUAUCGCCCGGCUCACAUCACGUGAAAUUCGAGAGGAUGUUGCAGCGUGUGUGCGACUCUUACAGGAGGAGCGCAUGAAUGUGUGGACGCGCAAGUAUCCAAAGGUUGUCAUGGUUCAUGGGAAUACACCAGUGUCCUCAAAGGACAUCUCGUGCGGCGAGGUGAUUGCUUGCGACAGUGUACCGCUUCUUUCGUGGGGAGGCAAUGGCUUUCCUCCCGCGCUGUCUCUCAGACAGACAUCAACACAUGAUAAUGGACUUCAGGCGCUUCGGGAUGCUUUUUUGCUAAAACGAGACUCCGAAAUCGGAAUGACCGGCCUGACGGAAGAUGCUGUGGACGCAGUGACGCUCCUGUUGGAGGAAUUUCUUGGUGUACAGUAUGUCGACGCCGAGGUGAUCGUGUCGGCGACAACGUACCUGACAAGGCUUUCAGACGAUUUACCGCCUCGAUGGCUGGUAAAUCUUUUCUUUACUGCUAUGCGCUUUCGGCGACGAUUACAGACCGAUGAAUGGGGUCUUUUCGACCUCGCCUCGUCUGUUCGCUACUCAUGUGCCCCCAACUGCACCUGGGAUGGAGAGACGGGUCGGCUAAUAGCCCUGCGCUCGAUUGCCCCACACGAGCCACUCACAAUGGGCGCCUUCUGGGUAGGACCUCUGGCCGACACUGCGCAUCAGUUACUGAAACUUCCGGUACACAUGCGACAGGAGUCUAUCCGCGCCAGUGUCGGCUAUACCUGUGCAUGCGACAGAUGCAGUGGGAGUCUGGCUCUUUUUCAUCAUUCACGCAACAAAAUAGUUGUUGAACAGGAGGAGCAGAGAGGAAUAAUGUACACCGGGAUUGAUUCUCUGCGUGCCUUUCCAUGCCCUCUCUGCCGAGGUGAGGAUGGUUGGCGGUACCGGCGUCAGUGUUGUGGGCAGCAUCAAGAAGGUGACGGUGGCUCGCCGGAGCAUGCGAACCAACUGGCUUUGCAGCGACGUCUCGCACCGUCCGAACCUUGGUUGUGCCUCCGAUGCGGAGAGCGAUGGCGAGACAGCGACAUGCCGUUGGAAAAGGAGACGCGACUUUGUCGUCAGGCGGAGCGUAUUGUGGCUGUCGCCGCGCACGGCAUCAUUGGAAAGGGAUUCUUCGAGGAGAUGAAGAACCUCAUGCAGGAUGUUCUUGAGCUAUUUGGGAGGCAACACCACAGUGCUUACCUACUCACAUGUGAGGCAUUCAUUCUAUUUUACCGAUAUAUUGCGGCUCGUUUCGCCCACCCGACGGGCCCGGCUGCGCAGACUCACAUUGUCGCCUGGUGUCGUAAGUGGAUUAGGUGUGCAGAAAACAUCCAAUUGCAUAAGGAAUGCCCACACGUAUACGCGGCGUUUCUCACGGAUACGGCUUUGUCUCUAUCAAGUGCGGCACUCUUGAGGGACAAGGUUGUCAUCCUCCGUCACGCCGAAUCACUUUGUCCCAUUGCGGUCACGCACAGCGCAGACAGCUCGAAGGUGAGUGCACUGGCGGCAUUCCUAUAUGAUACUGCAAGCCCCAAUUACACAACUAUGGGACAGCUCCCGAGUGCCUUCGCAGCGUUCAUGGAUGCAGAAGAGCAGGACCUGGAAAACACACUCAUUUCGGAGUGGGAGGCACACCUUUUGGAGCGUAUACGAUCUGAGGUUCAUAGCAGCGGAAAGCCAAACCUGCCUAGCAACUUAGCGGAAAUGCUCCAAAGAAGGGCGCCUACGUGA